AUGAUAGGUCUGCUCAAGGAGGAUCCGUUCCUGCGGUUUUCGCUGUUCCCUAACUCUGAUAACUUGUAUCUUUUGCAUGGCCAUGAAAUUAUAGGGUCGCUGGUGUUCUACCAGGUUGUGUAUGCGUAUGUGGCGCCGUGGUUCAACAGGUUGGUGUUUCGCGAGAGAUACAGGUCGAUCAGGGACGCUAAGACGCGGAUCGACUUCGAUAUCCACACAGUCUCGAGCGUGCAAUGUCUGGUGACGUUCUACACCAUCGCUCCGACGCUGUUCUUGCCGAUGGACUUGAACGUGGUGACGUACCGCAACGAGCUGGUGUGCCUGGCGUCGGCGCUGGCCGUCGGGUACUUUCUGUGGGAUUUGCUGGUCUGCGUCCGCCAUUUCAACCUGUACGGGUUUGAGUUUCUGGCACACGCAGCGAGUUCGCUGUACGUGUUCAUGUUGAGCCUGAAGCCAUUCUGCCAGGCGUGGGUUCCCAAGUUCCUGCUCUUCGAGGCCAGCACGCCGUUUGUCAACAACAACUGGUUCAUAGCACAGCUGUCCCGGGGCGCCUCGAAGCCCGUGGUUCCGAUGUGGGUGAACGCGCUCAACGGGCUGCUGCUGCUGGUCACUUUCUUCUCCGUACGCAUCCUGUGGGGUUUCGUAGGGGUGUCAAUCCUCGCAUUCCAGAUGUGGAAGGUCAGAACUGCGCUUCCCGUCAUUCAGUCGGCCAUUCUGUGCGCAUUGAACAUGAUCCUGAACACCUUGAACCUGUUCUGGUUCUACAAGAUGCUAAAACUCGCCAAGAAGAUGGCCAACGGUUCCUCGAGGGCCGCCAAGUCAAUGUAG